GAUUGGCUGGACAGCCGGGUGCCCUCUGGCUGUGUCCGCCGCCGCCAUUGUGCGGCGCUAGUUUCCUCAGAGGGUGUCAGCUGUGGCUAGUUCCUCGAGUUCUUUCCCUCGCUUCUCGCUCUCCUGUCCUGGGAGCCCGGCAGGUCCGGGACUCCUGUCUGUGCCGGUGCGGGCGCCGGCAUGUGGCUGUGGGAGGACCAGGGGGGCCUCAUGGGCCCCUUCUCCUUCCUGCUGGUGCUGCUGCUGCUGGUGACGCGCAGCCCUUUCAAUGCCUGCCUCCUCACAGGCAGCCUCUUCGUCCUGCUGCGCAUCUUCAGCUUUGAGCCGGUGCCCUCCCGCAGGGCCCUGGAGGUGCUCAAGCCCCGGGACCGCAUUUCCGCCAUCGCCCAUCGCGGCGGCAGUCACGACGCCCCCGAGAACACGCUGGCGGCCAUUCGACAGGCAGCUAAGAAUGGAGCAACAGGCGUGGAGUUGGACCUUGAGUUUACUUCUGACGGGGUUCCUGUUUUAAUGCACGAUAACACAGUAGAUAGGACAACCGAUGGGACUGGUCGAUUAUGUGAUUUGACAUUUGAACAAGUUAGGAAGCUUAAUCCUGCAGCAAAUCACAGACUCAGGAAUGAUUUCCCUGAUGAAAAGAUCCCUACCCUGAGGGAAGCUGUUGCAGAGUGCCUAAACCAUAACCUCACAAUCUUCUUUGAUGUCAAAGGCCAUGCACAUAAGGCUACUGAUGCUCUAAAGAAAAUGUAUAUGGAAUUUCCGGAACUAUACAAUAAUAGUAUUGUCAGCUCUUUCUUGCCAGAUGUUAUCUAUAAGAUGAGACAAACAGAUCCGAAUGUAGUAACAGCUCUGAUUCACAGACCUUGGAGCCUUAGCCAUACAGGAGAUGGGAAACCACGCUUUGAUACUUACUGGAAACAUUCCAUGUUUAUGGUAGUGGACAUUUUGCUUGAUUGGAGCAUGCAUAAUAUCCUGUGGUACCUAUGUGGAAUUUCAGCUUUCCUUGUGCAAAAGGAUUUUGUAUCCCCGAACUACUUGAAGAAGUGGUCAGCUAAAGGAGUCCACGUUGUUGGUUGGACUGUUAAUACUUUUGAUGAAAAAAAUUACUACAAAUCCCAUCUUGGUUCCAGCUACAUCACCGACAGCAUGUUGGAGGACUGCGCACCUCACUUCUAGACUUUUACCCAGAGGAGGAAACACGGGUUCAGAAACUGCCAGUGACCCCAUGUAGGGAUAUCAAAAUACCCUUUGUGCUAGCCCAGGCCCUGGGAGAUAGGGUGGCUCACACAAGCAAUAGUUGUUAAUUUCAUUUUUACCUGAACCAAAGCAAAACCCAGUGUUGCUCCCGUGCUCCGUGGAAUGCCUAAGUUCAACACUGUUGCUCUUGAAAAUCUGGGUCUGAAAAAAGGCACAACAGCCUCGCCCUGACCUACCUGAAAGUAGGUACAGGGACCCAGUGAGGAUAAGCACAGAUUGAGUUGUGCAAUUUGGGGAUCCAGAUGUAAAUGCAUGAGACAUGCAUGAUAACUCAAGAGUUGACAUUUUAAAACUUGCCACACUUAAGUAUUUUACUUAUUUCAAAUAUUUGUAUUCAGCCAUGUUAACAAGGUACUGUAGAUGUCAAACUUGAGGCCAUACUAAUAAAAUCAUUAAAAGGAGCACUAAGGGAAAACUGUCCCAAGCAUCAUAUCCUGAGGCAUAAGGAAUUUGAGGAAGCUGCUGUAUGUAAUCCAGUGAGGAUUCAAUGUGCAGCAACCAAAAUGGUAGGGAAGUCUUGAAACCAACCUGAGGAAUUAUUUAUGGUAUUUUGAAUUAAGUGCUACGAACCACCAGGUGGCAGAGUUGCACUUUUCCAGGCUUAUUAGGCAGCUCUGUAACAUGACUAUAGAAAAUCAGAACUGGAAGAAACUUCCGAGAACAUUUAGGCUUAUCCUCAUUUUACAAAUGAGAAAACUAAAACCUGUAGAAGGGAAGGAGUUGCCUCAAAAAUCACACAGCUUAUUAUGAUAGCAGAGCCUGAUCUCAUGAUAACUAAAAUUUCUUGUUUACAAUUGGCCAGGAACUGUAUAAGUGGUUUAACAUGCGUUAUCUUAUCCAGCCCUCACAAAAAUCUUAUGGAGAUGUUAACAUCCUUUUUACUGAUGAGGAAACUGAGGCACUGCCUAGUUAAAGUCACAACCAAGGUCUCUGAGUGUGUGGUACAAUUGAUAUUCCAAUACAGGUUGAUCUGCCUCUGGAGCCACUGCUUUUAACCACUCACCAAGUCUGCCCAACUCUGUGCUCUUUCCCACAUGAACUUCCAGGGGUUUUAUUAUGAACUUCAGUAGCAAUAUUUAAGUUGAAUUUUUUUUUAAUGGCAAAGCUGCCUGUCUCUAGCUCCCCCCUUCCCACCUUUGAACCCCAUCUGUAGCCUUUAUCCCAGGCCCACAUCUUCACCGUGGAUUCCUUCCUGUAUCCCUCCAGUGGGUCACCAGCCUCACACACACUUGCAGGGGCCAGGCAGUGAGAGUUUUGAAAGACCACCAGUUGACUUGGCUAAAUGUCAGUGAGAAGCAAACUGAUAUUUUUCAAUAGUUAGUGUUGGCAGGGACACUAUAGAUGGUGCUUGGCACAUUUUCAGUCAACAUUUACCAAGAAACUUUCUUUAAUUUUAAAAUUACAAACAGAUUUGUUCAAUGAACAAAUGUCUAAACUGCAUGUACUUCCAUGCCACAUUAUGAGUAGAGUGAAAAGGUGAAGGAAAAAGUGACCAAAGAAGACACCUCUGUAGAUUGAAUUCAGCCCUGGGGUACCUUCUGCAAGUGUACAGGUAACUGACAGGGAAGGGUUUCUCUUGGGGCAGUAUUGAGUUAAUAACAUCCUUUUUGUUGUGUGAAGACCUCUAGACAGCCAGAACUUCUCUGUCUCUUGACCUUCAUCCCAAAUUCAUUUUGCUCUUGAUUUAGCCAAGCCAAAUUAAGGAUUUAGGUCCUAUACUAAAGUGGUCUGGGUUUUGAACAGUGGAGAAUUCAGAUGAUGAUAUAAGGUGUUAAUAACUAUUAAUAUUAACAAUAGUUAUUGAGUACUUCCUUGGAAGACUUAGUAUAGGGUUAAAAACAGAAUUUGGAUUAGAGAAAGCCAAAUCUGAAUUUCUGAUGAGUAACUUACUAGCUAUAUGACCUUGGGCAAGUUACUUAAUUUAUCUGUAAAACGGGUAGAAUUUGUACCCACUCGAAGGGUGGGUGUGAUUAAAUGAAAAAGUGCAUGUAAAAUGUUUGUUAAUUAACAUUUACUGACUGCCUACCAUGUACUAGACACUUUUAAAUGCUUUGCAUGUAUAGUACUUAGUCUUUGUAACAACACUAUGAGGUAGGUACCAUUACAAUCCGAUUUUAUAGUGAAAGAAACCAAAGCACAGGCAAGUUAAAUAACUUGGCCAAAGUUACAGAGCAGUGAUGGAAUAAGGAUUUGGACUUAGAAUAAGAAUUCGGGAAUUUGAUCGCCUAGGUGAUCGAAUUCCAGAGCCCAGUGGUUAAGACUAUUAUCAUCAUUGUUCCUGGCAAGGACUCAAAAAAUUAGAAACAUCUUAAUGAUUCCCAGCAUCUAUCACAGUGUCACUCCCAUAGUUGAUGCUCAGUAAAUGUUGAAGGAAUGAAUUUUGGAAUCUUCAAGUGGAAACCUCCUUGAGGAAACGCUAGAGAGAGACGUAGAGUGAGAUGAAAUUUAAGGCUGUAGAUAAAUGACUGAGGAUUAAACAGCAUCAAGAGGCCAGCUAAGGUCAUGCUCGACCUUAGCAUUUUUUCCAAGAGAAAGUCAGCACAGAUUAAAACACAUCCUCUCCUGCUCAUUGGACUGCCCCUCUGCCCCUCAAGAUGUCAAAAACAGAGAUAACACAGGGCCAUCUCGGAAGGCUUAAGAAAUCCACUACUUCCUUGAUUACAUGAUAUUCAUUUUCUUAUUUGGAGAUUGGUGUCACAAUCCUAUUUCAACAAGAAUUUGACCAAGAUGUAUUUUUAUUGAAUACAAAUUUCUCAGCAAAAUUACAUCUACCAUUUCCUAAAGUGGGAACAGGGCUUCAACAGGGCAGUCAACCACAGCUUUGAGCACAAGGGUGUGGGUUAAUGCAGUGGUCCAGGCAAUCACUCAGACCCUUGUUAGCAUGGAGUGAUCAUUACUGUAGGGCAAAGUUAUGUGACUUCUUUGAUCAAAAAUAUUGAAGAAAAAUGACCUCAUUUGUUCUGUUACCAAACUUUAAAUUAUGCUCAAAAUCUAACAAUCAGUAGAACACCAAAUGUUAAGCAGAGGUUGGGUAUCACCUAUGCACAGUGGUUCUCAAAGGAUGCUGUCUUUUGGAGCAUGUAUUCAACAUCAGCAUUACAUGGAACUUGUCAGUAAUGCAAAUUCUCAUAUCCCACCCCAGAACUUGUGAAUCAGAAACUCUGGUUGGGGCCCAGUGAUCUGUUUAAACAAGCUGUCCAGGUGCUUCUGAGACGCAGUCAAGUCUCGGAACCACUGAGCUAGAGAAACACAUCUAAGACAACCUUCCUGGAAACUCAAAAAACUAAAUUCUGUCACUAUCUGGCUAUGAGACCUUAGACAAAUCACUUAACCUGUGUGUGCCUAAGUUUUCAUCAUUUGUCAGAUGGUAAUCAUAAUUUGCUCUCAUUUUCUUGUAGUGAUAAUCAGGUUCAAAUGAGGGGGGAAAAGUGUUUUAAAAAACAUAUUAACAAUGUAAUACUAUUGUUAUGAAGAUAAAAUAAGAAAAGUGGAAGUGCUCUAACACUGUAUUAUUCAGUGUGGUGCUCAGACCCGCAGCGCUUGUUAGAAAUGCAGACUCUCAGGCCCCAUCCCCAUCCUCACAAAUUAAAAUUUACAUUAUAACCAGAUCCCCAGGUGAUGAGAGUUGGAGAAACACUCAUAUGUGUAAGGCAUUACUCAUCCUGCAGGUGCAAUCCUGAGCAAAGCAGAGACACCCCCCCCCCAACUCUGCUCCACACCUGAGCCUCCCUUUCUGGAGUCUUUCUCAGUUAAUCAGCCAUAAAUAUCAUGAACAAGUUCCAACUUUGAGAAUUUAGGGAGGUUUUGUUAAGCGCUGCCAUUCUGAAAGACAAUUCCUAUUAAUGAGCUCAAUUCUUACCACUUGUCCUCAAUUCAAAGAUUAUAAAAACAAAUGCAAAUCAUAUGCUAUUUUAGACAUCCCUGUUAUAAUUGAACUACCCACAAACUCAUCUCAUUGCCUCCUAAGAAAUGAACUGGCCAUUCACUGUAGCCACUUGAAGGCUCAGAUCCUGCAAAAAUUCAAAAGAAACUAUCCUUUUUUAUACUUAAAACUACUGGGGUUCUCCAGGUUUCAAGUGACUGUUGGAAAGCGUUAGUUACUUUUAUCAUUUUGAGCCAAUUAAAGUAAGGGUGGGAAGAGGAGAAUAGGGAAUGUUCCCUGAAGAUUCUGAUGCAACAUUCUGGGCUCACCAUUUGCAUGUUUAAUAAGUAUUUUAAACAUGCUCUUACAGUCAGACAAGUUUGGAAAGAACUCUAGAUCCUAGCUCAGUGGUUCUGAAGCCUGGCUUCCCACUAAAAUCAUCUGGGGAGCUUUAAAGAUAAAGUACAGAUACCUGGGUUCUGCUGCAAAGAUGCUGACUUAGCUGGUCUACAGUGAGGCCUGGCCUGCUUGCUGUUAACAGUUCCCGGUGUGACUCUGAGUGCAGCCGGUGUUGAGAACCCCACUGCCUUAACCACAGGCUUCUCCCCCUGUUAGGAACUGAAGUGUGUCCCCCAAGAUUCACAUGCUGAAGUCCUAACCCCCAGUACCUCAGAAUGUAACUGCUUUUGAAGAUAAGGCCUUUAAAUAGGUGAUGAAGGUAAAAUGAGGCCUUUAGGGUAGGUCCUCAUCCAGUCUGACUAGUGUCUUUAUAACAAGAGGAAAUUUGGACACAGAGAAACACCUGGGCAUCUGUGUGCACGGAGGAAAGACCAUGUGAAGACACAGUGAGAAGGUGGCCAUCUGCAAGCCAAGGAAAGGGGCCUCAGAAUGAAACCAACCCCGCCAACACUUUGAUUUUGGACUUGCAGCCUCCAAAACUGUAAGAAAAUAUUAAUAAAUUUUUGUUGUCUAA